CACCACGAAGAUUGCGCAAGCGCUCCGCGAUGAAAAGCGCGAUCCCUCUUUCGUCGACUACAUCGCUUUCCAUCUCGGGUAUCAAAUGUUGAACCAGGGACAGAACCCCUUCAACCCGCUCGAGGCGCGCUUCCUCGGCACCGUGGGCUUCCGCAAGGACACCCAGACCUACGUGAGUCUCACCGAUCCGGAGAUGGCCACGUCUUCGGCACCACCCGCAAGUCGCGGUGGAUGCGCGGCGCUAUCGUUCACGUCGAGCAUCUCGAGCGCCCCCAGAACCUGCCGCGAGACUCGAUCGAAUCCUACCGCAUCCCGUCUAUUCUCGACUUCGCGCGCACCCGCCUUCACACGGGCUCCGAGUCGCCCAACACGUACUUCGUCGGCCGCGCGCUCCGCGACAGCAAGGACCGGACCUUCGAGCAUGACUUCAUCAAGGUCGUCAACACGACUUCGUCGGCAGCUACGGCAGCCUUCCAGCUCGGUGCUGCGGAGUGCAAGGUCGCCAUGGACGACUUGAAGGCUUCGCAGAUGGUCGCCUACAUGCGUUCCCUCGCCGGCCACGCGCUGCGCAACCACCGCCAGUACUUCAGCGCCGCGUUCAACCUGAACACACCUCUCAUCGACGACCUGAACCUCGACGCCGAGGGCAAGCCGACGAUCAUCACUGAACAAAUCGCCAUCGGUCGCCGUGGCAUUGAGCUCGCCGCUCUGGGCGGGUUCGACAAGGUCACCUGGGACGGCGCGUCGGACACGUACCCCUCGCAGUGCAUCAUCCUGCAGCUCGGAUUCCAGAACGCUCUGGAGCUCGUGCACAGGGCUCACUCUGUUGGCCUGACCACCUACAUGUCUGCCGGCUUCAAGUUCGCUCAGAUCCACGACGCGGUUGUCUCCGGUGUUGACGGUAUUGGUAUCGGUGGCGCUCAGAUUUUGCGCUACAUGGAUGGCCGCACGGGUAUGCACGGUCCCUACACCGAGGAGUUCAUCGACAAGAUCUCCGUCGCUCGCGACAACGCCGCGAACUCUAUUCGUGGCCGCGGUGUGCUGCUCCUCGCUCGUCUGGACCAGAUGCACUUCGAGGGCUCGCUCACCGCCGCCGAGGAGGAGAUCCGGGAGCCGUUGUACCAGGCGCUGUACAACGUCAACGAGGACGACAUCCACGCCAUCAUCGAGGACUCCCCGCUGCUCUGGGCAUCAUGGCCAUCCCGCAAGAUGGCGAACGUCCCUGGACGGCUCGUGCCCGCCGCAUCCUUCGCAACCCGGAGCCGCUCCUCCGCACCGGCGCGCGCGUCUUGGCUGACGGCGAGGAGCGCUGGGCGGACUUCGUCCAGAGCCUUGCGAACCUCGUCGAGGAGAACGACGAGUACGGCAUCUACUCGUACUCGCUCUGCGAGCACUGGAAGUCCUUCCGCCGCAACUACCGCGUCUCCGUCGCAAGCCGCUCUAGAUAGCCUAGCGUUGGGAUCGAGCUCACGUUGUUGAACGACUACAUAGAUGGACUUUGCCAGCCUGAUCGAAUGUUUUUCUAGCCGCAGUGUACAUGUCUUCCUCCGACCCAUCCAUCA